AUGUUGAAUGUGCAGGCGAAGCUUUAUGAUGAGUUGGUGGAUAAGUCGCUCAAGGAGUACCAAGCCAAUCAGAAGGUAGUCGCAGCAGACCUGGAUGCAGAGAUUUCCAACAGCAAGGUGGUGCUGUUCAUGGAGGGCACUCCCGAUGCGCCCAAGUCCGAGCCGAGCCUCAACGCCGUGAAGAUGCUGACGGAAGCUCAGGUGGUGCCCAUGACCUCCGUGAAUGUUCUGACGCAUCCGGCAAUCCUCGGCUACACGGUGGCGAAGACGCAGAAACGAAGAACUCCACACCUUUAUGUGAACGGAAGCUUUUAUGCAGACUAUGAUGGCCUGCUUGCGCAACAUGGCACAGGGCAGCUGGCGAAGAACCUCGGGACCGAAGCCACGAAGAGCAGCGGCGUUUUCGGCGGGGAGCUGCCCAUUGCCACCUACUGA